GGUUUACAGGAUACAAUGUGAUACAGUUCCUACUUGCAAGUACGAGAAGAUUACAUACAUCCAAAAUACUCAGUAAAAUGCCUGAAACGUCUGCAAGAGUUUUAUCCAUUCAAAGUCAUGUUGUUUCUGGAUAUGUUGGGAAUAAAAGUGCUGUAUUUCCAAUGCAGCUGCUUGGCAUAGAAGUAGAUUUCAUAAAUUCUGUGCAGUUUUCAAACCAUACCGGAUAUAAAGCUUUUAAAGGACAGAUUUUAACUGAAAACGAUUUGACGGAUUUAGUUGACGGAUUAUCAGCCAAUGACAUCGAUGUAUAUUCACACUUACUAACAGGCUAUAUUGGAUCUGAAUCUUUUCUUAAAAAUAUCAUAAAAGUAGUACAACAUCUUAAACAGAAGAAUCCAGGUCUAGUGUAUGGAGAAAAUAAAGAAAAGUAUUGUUUAGAAAUUCCAAAAUUACCAAUUGCUUUUACGGGCUCUGGAGAUUUAUUCGCUGCUCUUAUACUAUCUUGGAUGCACAUUAGCAAUAGUAAUCUAAAGCAAUCCUUAGAAAACACGAUAGCGUCUUUGCAUGCAGUUUUAAAAAGAACUCUGGAAGCUACACAAGGUAAACCACUAACAGCAUUUAAUACGGAGUUAAAGCUGCUGCAAAGCAAACGUGAUAUUGAAGAACCAAUUGUAAGUUUCAAAGCCACAAGAGUCUUAUAAUGUCUUUAAGACAAACCAAAUAGUAUUAAAAGGAUAACUUUUUAGGUAAUUUUUUUGUUAAUUUCAGUUGAGUUUAGUUAAUGUAUAAAAUAAUUUACGACAGACUUCAUUAUCGCAUUUUUGUUACAUUUAUUACGAAGUUAAAAAAGUUAGUUAAAAUGUGUGGGGUUUAUUUACUAUAUAUAACUACAAGAACUAAUAUGUACACUUUAAAGCUCGUAAGACAUGUUUCAUUUUAAUAAUAUUCUUAAAUUAUAGUGCUGGUUGACAUUUAGCAGUAAAUAAUCAUAUGACAGCGGUAAAUAAAAAUUAUUUCGAAAAGUACGCCAUUAUUAUUAUGUGAUAUUCUCUCUUGUAAUAUAUGACUGAAUAUAAUAUGCAGUUUUAUAUAGCAAAUCGUCGAGAAAAUUGUGAAAUUUGCAUUUAAAUGACGUGUUUGUUAAAACCACGUUGGCCACGUUGGAUAAAUAGUAAAAUUAGCUUCAAACAAUAUUCUCUACAUGCAAGGUAACCACGUUUUAAUAAAUAGUAAAAUUAGCUUCAAACAAUAUUCUCUACAUGCAUGUCUGCCUUUUUCAUGCGGCCACUGCUCACAAAAAGAUCUCUUCACAGGAUCAGAAUUAUUUUAAUGCAGGCAAAUGGACUGGCAACUUGAUUUAAACACUCGCGGUACUUUAACUGCAGCGAAUGGGUUCAACAAUCGCAUUUCAUUAUCGAGGAAUUCUGUGAUCUCUAAAAUAUUUAAUACUUUUUUUUGUGUGUUUUGGCUUGGACAAUUGUCAUUCAGCCAGUCUCAAUCAAGAUAAGUUUAUUAAUGUAGUGUGUGUGUCUGUGUUUGUGUGUGUAGAGUAAUUGUCUUGAUACUUAGCAAAGUCGACGUCAUUGUCUUUGCUAAGAGACGCUAAUUGUAUCCGAACGUCUGCGGUCCCUCCGGUGAGUACUGAUCACACAAGGAUAGAAAUUAUUUUCAUUUAUUAAUUUUUUUUUUAAUAAACGGAAAUUUCCACCCAGGUGGGAUUCGAACUCACGACCUUUAGGUUUAAAGGUAGGCGCUCUUACCACUGAGCCACAGAGGGGGUUAUAUUUAAUACUUGACCGCUACUUAAAGUAAUAUAGGUAUAAAUCGUUUUAAAAUGUAAAAAAUCAGCUUAAUCACGAACACUUCGAAGUGUGUAGAUUAUAAUAAUCAUGGUUCGAGCCCGGAUCCAGUCAGAAGUGUUAAGUUCAAACAUAUCACUUAAAAUUCUAAGAGGAUAUGCCACCUUCAAUUUGCAGUCACGAGUGUAUAAAGUUGGUCGAUGGAUGAGUAGUACGGUGUAAGGCUUUAGUAGCACGGUAAAGUAGGAAAUUUGUGUCAGAAAUCCUGUCUGCCCAUCUCCGAAGUCCUCUUGGAUUUGUACCACUAUCUGAUGCGGUCUAGGCAUAGGCAGCAUAGGCCGAAAAACAUAGAGACCAAGGACAGACGUUUUGAGAGACAGGGACAGGUAUUUAUGAUAAGUAAUGCGUCUAAGAAAAAACUUGUUUUUCCUGUGUUAAGUGUGAGAGAUCUUAUAGGAAUGACAAGGUACACGGAGGUUUACAUCGAAACCAUGUUGUAGCCUUAUGUUUUAUGAAUUUUUUAUUUUCCUGAUUUGAUGUGUUUUAACUGAAACAAUACUAAUUUAACAAUAAUAUAUAAAAAAAACAGGUAACAAAACUGAAAGAAAUAACGGAAACUAAUAUCGCCUGUUUCUCCGUCUACUUCUAAUAACAGCUUCACAUUGUCUAGGGAUGCUGGAUAUUAAGCAGUCUAUUUGAUUUUGGUCUAUGAAGUUUAAGAUAUCAAUAACCAUACCAUAUCUACCUACCAUAUUCCAUAAGGGUUCAAUAGGAUUCAUGUAGGAACUGUGAGGAGGCCAAUUCAAUGUCUGAAUAUUUACCUCACUUAUAUUCAGUAACGACACGCGAUACGUGAGUGCUUGCGUUAUCAUGCGAAAGAUGAAAUUAUUUCCUAUAUAAGGCGCGAAAGGACCAACGUGUUUAUUGAAACAAAAUUUCUGUAACAUACCUUUUGGUCUUUAAAGAGCCUCCACGUAAAGACAGCAAAUUCGUUCCUGCUGUCAAGAAAAUUCUACCCCAAAACAUCACAGAGCUUCCAUUGAACAAUCGUGUCUCUCGUAUGCUGUCUGUACAUACCCUUAACCUGGUCGACAAAUAGCAAUAUGUAGAAGUAGAGGGGGGAAACAGGCAAUAUUAGUUAACGUUAUGUUUCUUUCUCUUUUUAUAGAUUUGUUAAUAGUUUAUUAUUUUUUAUUGGUAAAUAUUGCUUCAGCUAAAACACAUGGUUAAAGAUUAAAACCGUCUAUUUUUUCUUGUUUUUAAAGAUAUCAGAAAAAUUUAAAAAACAAAAUGUUGAAACAUGAAACCACAACAUGGUUAUGAUGUAACCCCAAUCGUGUGCCUUGUCAUCCCUACAGGGUGUCUCAAACUUAGUACAAGAAAAACAUUUUUUUCUUCUAUCCGGUAUAAGCACAGAAGAGAAGUUUGAGUCUACCAUUGGCCAACAGUGUAAAUAAUAAAGAAAAAGUCGAAAAUGAAUAAUUGUUGAAUCCGUUCACGAGAAAUUCUAUCAAUUAAGCAUAAUUUUAGGUGGUGCAAAACUUUGUGGUUAAGUUUAUAUUGUAUUCAUAACAAUGAUCUCCUUAGUUCUUUACUUGAAUACAAUUAUUGAAAUAAAACAUAUUUUACGAGCUUUCAUGUGUUAUUUUAGACUUUUUAAGGGAAUUACGAGCUUCGUAUGCCAGACUUACUCGUUCAUUAGGCAGUUUGUUGGGUUUAAUGUAAGCAAUUUUUUGUUAUAAAGGUAAAUUAGAUCUUACAUGAUUCCUUUUCAGGCGUUUUUUAAAUUUUCUCAUAAUUUAUAGACCUAACCUAUAAUAGUGUGGCCGAUGUAGACAUGUGACCAUGUAUAUAUGAUUUGCCAGACAUCAGCUUCUAAAUUUUUUCUCUAAUGCGUAUUCGCUCCGUGCGUGACUGAUGCGAGACCUACCGCCUUCAUCUGACAAUUUUGGAGUCCCAAUUUUCAGGUUAAAUAUAUGACAUAUGUUUGAAAUUGUUAAAUACAUGCGAAAUUGACAAUUAUUAAUAAAUUAGUUUUUUAACUAUAUUUUUUCAGUUUAUGUACAAAAUAAAUGUAGUAUUAAAAACUGAGUUUCUCAAAAUUCAUCAUAAUAUAUCUUUUCAACUCCAAACGGAAAAGAAAGCGAAAAAUCUAGUACUAGUAAAUCAAGUUUUUCACGCAAAAGAGCAUAUAAUUAAAAACAAUAAUAGUAAAAGUUAUGAUAUAAAAGCUAAAGUCAUCUGCAGCUAGAUUGAAGCCUUAUGAAAUAUCAUUCAAGGUAAAUUAUUUAAAUUGUUCCUAUUUCAAUUGCAUAAAAAUGAAAUUAUGUGAUAUUUACUUUUUCAUAUUAAUAGCACGAAUUUAUCUUUUUCUUUUCCCUAAUUUAUAUGUAAUCUUUGGGAACCUAUAAAAACUACACUCACUGUUUUUGCUAUUAUUAGCAGAAUUAAAUACGCAACAUGUAUUUGCACACAUUUUUGAUAAAACUUAUGCGUAAAAAUAUUUUGUCCAAUAUUCCAAUUUUGUCAUAUUUCGCCGCUACGCACGCUGGCAUCGUUUCAAUGUACCCCUACCAUGGUCACGCCCGGAGCGAAUAUACCAGCUUGUUUGCAACUUUUCUCCUUUUUUCAUUUUGACGUUUCUCGAUAUUUGAUUAUUUCAAACGUCAUUACAACCAUUUCAAGGAUCAAGUAGUACCGGCUUUCACGGCCGGUGUUUUUUAAUGUUAAAUUGUAUUCGGGGUUUAUAGGUCGUGGUAUGGAAGUAUUUAUUCCCAGCGUUUGGUCUGAAACUGCGGCAAAUAUGAUCAUCGGUAACGGGGAGCUUAUGUAAUGUACGUAUAUUACAGGAUCUUACAGAAUUUGGCAAUAUUCAUUUAAAGUUGCUGACUUUACAUCUAGCUGAAUAACAUUCCAAUUAUGUUUAACAUAUAUAAUAGUUUAUUAUUAAUAAUUCUCCGGCUUCUAUAUAACAUGAAGCUUCUCCUUUUUAAAAUUUUUAAAGUGUUUGUUUGUCUUUGUGUAUUGUAUUGUUACGUCCAAAUUUACAUGUAUGACAUUCUACUCAUGUCGGAUAGGCCACAACUGACGAAAUGCCCCUGAAGAUGAUCUAUUGAUCGAAAGUACUUGGGCAAGAUUAAAUUAAUCACUGUGUUCGAUAGUUGCCUUGUAUACCGUCAAAGUUAUAAUAGUGAUACCCUUAAGGUUAGCUUCUUGGUACUGGAGAAUAAACUUCUUCAGACAAUGAAUCCUAUGUGGUCUUGCUUUCUUUUACACUUGUCCAUCCACAAAAAACCGAAAAACCUACUUUUUGUCAAUGACCUUUCCAUUUUUUGGAUAUGGUACUAACUCACAUGUAGUAUUUUCCUCUAAGGCAUUCUGCUUAUUAUCCAUUGCCUUUUUCCAAUCAUCUCCCAGUUGUAUUGCAUCUUCAUAAGACAGUGGAACAUCAGAUAAAAGAUGCCCCAUGGAGUCUGCUGCAAAGUUGGCUUCAUUAUCAAAUGCAGUAUUGGUUUACUCUUGUAAGUUAGGGGUCAUCUUAUUUUUGUGCUUCUACACAUUUCUUCGCCCUUAUGUUGCAUUGUUUUUGAGUUAUCCUCUUCCUCAUGUUGGUGUUUGGUCUAAAUCAAUUCCCCUUUCAUCUGGGUUUGACAUAUGUUCAUCAAAACAACAUUUCUGCCAUGAACAACCUUUUUAUCAUUCUGAAUCCAUAGCAUAUAACCAUAAUAAUCAUGAAUCUUCUUCAUAGUGAGGAUAAGCCUGCACCAUAGAUUGUUUUACACAUUUUACUAUCAUUUGUGACAUACAUUUCCGAAUAUUUCUAUUUUUGGAUUAUUUUUGUUUUUAAUGAUUUAAUUUAAUCUCUUUUCGUUUGGAGUCAGAAUCCAUUGGGAAGUUUUUGUCCAAGCAUAUAAAAGCAGGAAUAAUUUUUUUAUGUUAAUUUUUCAGUGUUCAGUAACCUGGAUAUACCAGUAUACUGGAUAUGAUUGUAAAAGGGAUUAUCAUAAUCAUGUCGUUAUCUGAUUUACAUGUUUUUUUUAGAUCUGUAUACAAUAUAUACUAAUUUUGAUCAAUGCCAUGAUUAUUUUCUGGUCUAUCCAAUGCAAUAUUCAAAGUUAGACGUACAAAGUUAGAUGUACAAAGUUAGACAACUGCUACUGCUAACGAUUCAAUCUGGUUAACUAAUAGCAAAACAGUUACUUUUAAACAAGUUAUCUUGCCAUUCCAAAUACUAAAUAUUUUAGAUAAUUAAAUAAUAAUUUUUAGUAAUUACUCAAGGCAACUGAAAUUUCCAAAUUUGAGGCUAACUUUCUUAAAUAAAUUUUACAAUAAAAUUAGGAAUUUUCUAAGGCGGGGAUUAGUAAUUACUAAGUAAAAAUGUUUUAUGUAAUAUAUUAAUGCUCCCGUAUCUGCACAGCGUUGUUGCAAAACAUCAUACUGCAACACAUUAAAAUACAUAAGAAAACAUUUUAAUACAAAAUUAUAUAUUCUAAAUUUUAAACUUACCUCUUGUAAUAACAAAAAGGUCCCGCCAUUAUUUCUUGUUCAAAAUAAUCUAUCUUAUAUGAAAGCUAUUAAUCUAAAUUUAAAAUGUAUUUAUAAAUACAAUUUAUUAAUAUAUAUUAUAUUAUGAUCAAAUUGUGUAAGAAAUCAAAACGUAAACAAAAUUUCUACUCUACUCUAAAAAAGCGGCAACACUUUAUACACUUUUGCGACCCGCUGAACUGUCAAUAAUAUUUUAUGUAUUUCCGUAUCAGUUGCGUACAAUUGUCUAAUAUAUUUAAUUAAAAUUAUUAUUUUGGAAUAUUAGACUUCAAGAGUUAUUUCAUAAAAUUUAUAUAAUAUAAUAAAUGUUUUUGGUUAUUUUAUCAAUAUAAUUCUAAAAUUUCCAAUAUAAUGAUGAUUAUAUUUUUCUGAUUAUUACACCAUGUUGACGCCUAUGAAAGAUCGGGCAGUUCCGUAUGGGUUUCCUAUUAUUAGCUGUGUUAGGAAAAUUUGAAGUAUAACGUAGAUGUUCUGGAAAUUUUAAAUACAAGUGACGUCACUUUGUAUAAAUCGUAUAUUCUUGUACAAGUACUUCGGAUCCAGUGUAUGAUAGAAAUCUUUUUAAUUACCUGCAUAAUUAAACGCAGGUAAAAAGUACUUUUAACUUAUGAUUAGGAUAAUAACAAUUUUUGGGAUUUAUUGCAAUUACAAGCAAUAUUGAGCAAUAUUGUCGAAAUUAUUUUAUUGCUUGGAAAUAGAUAAUUUCUUAACUAAAUUUCGGUACUGUUAGAUGAUAUAAUUUCGAUUAUCUCAAAAUGCCAUACCCAAACGAAUACGCUUUAUUUUUUAGUCACACCGUAACAACGCGGAUACAGGGGCACUACUAUAGUUAGUAUUUUAAUUGGAUUAUCGUUGAUUAAAGUUUACUUGUUAACUACCAGUUUGUUAAAUUGUUUACACUGGUUUUUUUUAACUGUUUUUAUAUAUUUUUCGUUAUUAUUAAUGGUUUUAUGUAUAACACUGUCUUCCGUGAAGCCUUAAAUUGGGCAAAAUAAGCCAGUUUUGCUCAAUUGAUCGAUGUUGUAUAAAUCUAAUAAAACAAUAGUAUUUGU